GUUGACUCACCAACGAGAGAUUUCAGACCCGCUCUUAUGACUCGAUAGGAGGUUCUAGGCUCUGACUGUGGCCAACGCAGGAAUGGGCUGAGAAACGGUGACUAGGCUCCAGUCUCCGUCAAGGGUAUACAAACCAGCUCAAUCCCGAACAUCCCUUCCUUUCUCAUACCUCUUCGAAUAUAUCCCCUCGAGAUCUAACCAUGUUCCUUCCAAGUGUACACGCCGAAUCCGACACGGACGUUCUCUUCCAAUUCAUCCAAGAGAACCCCCUAGGAAUCCUCAUCACGGGCAUCAAUUCCUCCACCCAGGACUUUCUCCAAUGCACCCAUGUCCCAUUUGUGCUUGAUAUUCCCGGCACUGGGGACAACAUUUCAGCCACCCCCCAGCUUCGCGCCCACAUCGCGAAGCAGAACCCCCAAGCGAAGGCCAUGAUCGAGGCAGUCGACGGCAAGCCACCGGGGGUUCUCUCCCUUGACCAGGAUGUCCUAGUAGUCUUCAACGGACAGCACGAUCACUACGUGACUCCCAAAUACUACACCGAGACCAAGCCGGACACCGGCAAAGUCGUGCCCACCUGGAACUACUCCGCCGUUCAGGUCUAUGGGAAGUUGUCGCUCUACUACGAUUCCAAGACCCUGGAGGCAGGGUCCUUCCUGGCGAAACAGAUGCAUGAUUUGUCGGAGCAAUGCGAGAGAACGAUUAUGGGGUUCACGGGUGGGGAUAGGCCGCAGCCGUGGAAGGUUGCGGAUGCCCCGGAGCGGUACAUUGAGUUGAUGCAGAGGAAUGUUGUGGGGAUCAAGAUCGAGAUUGGCAAACUUGAGGGCAAGUUCAAGAUGAGUCAGGAGAUGAGACGGGGGGAUCGAGAUGGUGUUGUCAGGGGGUUUGCAAAAUUGGGAGGGGAAACUGGAGAGGCCAUCUCAUCGUUGGUCAAGGAGCGAGGGGAGCUCCAUGAUAAGAAGAAGGAGGAGCUGAAAGCUGCGAAGGAAGGGUAGUUUGCUUUACGAUGUCAUUAGUUCCUAACGGACUUGACGAGUCUAAGAGUCUUGUUGAAUGAGGGUACAAAUAGCAUGGUUUAGUUUGUCUCUGAUUACUCUGUUGUGUACACUAUCAGCAGAACAUGUCCAUAUGAAACAAGGACCACGUCAUUUAGCCAUCUAUCCGACGAAGACUGUCGCUUCUCUGUUGGAAGUUGAACCGAAUGGUGGACAUUCUACAGGCCAUCCUAAUCAGGAUUAGCUUUGGGGUUGCGGGAUAAAUUUAGUAUGGUUGCAUCUUGCCACUCCAUCCAUCAUCAACUGACUCAUAU